GUAAGUUUGUAACAUUACUUCCAACUUAGUACAACUCAGCCAACUAUAAAUGGCAUAUCAUUCCCCCUUUCGCAUGUUAAACUGCACUACUACUCAUGCUAGCCCCACGACAAACUUAGAAAUGACGACCCCGUGACCCCACAUCCAUCCACUCAAUCGCUCCACCGCCACCGUCCGGGGAUGCGGGAAAUCCUCGUUCUGCAUCUUCACCGUCUUCCACGAGGCUGUCGGCCGUCCCUACAACCCCUACAGCCCAUACAGCCUCUAAACAAGCCCACAUACAACCUUCCCUUCCCGUCCACCCACCCAGUCCCGGGUUGACCGCCCUGGGUCCGGGUCCAACUAAGUGAAAAGGCGGAAACGCUCAGCCUUGUUAUUGGUGUGGUGUGUGGCCCUCCUUCUCCUGUGCCGCGGCAACAACAGGAGGCGUCGACAAAUUCACCCCCAAAGCCGAUCCUAUUUCUUUCUUACUCACAUCACACUCUCUUCCUUUUGCAACGAACAACAACUACAACCUCGAGUCCAAAGAGGUCGCCAAUCUCAGCUCACACUCGUUUACUCGCUUCAAUCAAACGGACCGCGCAAAUCUUGCUCGCCACUGUGGAAAUCUCGAGAGCCAUCUUCUCACACCGUCGCCCUCACCUCGUCGCGCCACGAAACGCACUCGAACCCAACACAACCUCCCCGCACCAUCGUGCCCUCGCCCGUCGUGUUUCGUCGUGAGUCGAUUCCCGGACUCGCCGUCCCACCCGAACGCCCCCCAAGCGAAAGACGAGUGCAGCUAUAAAAAUGGCCACCGCCGAGGUCCUUACCACCACCCACGCGAUGCACACUUCCGCCGUUGACCCCCCCACUCUCGCCUUAUACCCAGGCGGCGCCAUCGAUGCCACCAUGCGCGCCCACUACGACGCCACGAUCGACCUGCCGCAUGCGCCAGUUCACAUCCCCAGCUUAGCCGCUGCUCUCACCCCCGUCGAGACACCCACCGCCGCACCCACAACCUCCCUCACCUCCCUCCCCACCGAACUCCACCUGCUCAUCUUCUCCUCCCUCGACCCCAUCGACAGCACCUGUCUCGGCCUCACCUCGCGCCACUUCUACACCGCCUACCGCACCACCCACCGCGUGCGCGUCCCCCUGAACCAGCGCCGUCGCGGCCCCAACACGCUCGAGAGGGCGUGGGAGGUUCUCGGCCCCGUCACGGCGUGCAGGUACUGCGGCAUCUAUCGCUGUGAGCUACACAUGCAUAUUCGCGAGUUCAUGCCGGGGAGGUACGAGUAUUGCGCUGUUAGGGGCGUGUUUGGGUUGAAGGCGAAGGAGGGCGUGGAGGAUUGGUGUUUUAGGAGUAACCCGCCGAAACCGAUGAUGUGUGGGAGGCAUUGGUUGCCGAAUAUUGAGGAGCCGGCGGUGGAGGCUAGUAAGCUUUGA